UAUUUAAAAUAUGCGCUUGGGCCAUUCCAUUCCAUGUCCGUUGUCGUCUUCAAUCCAAUCGGCGGUCUCCCCGACGGCCGGCUGGCCGGCGCCCCUCUAUAAAUAUUAUCCUAGGGUGCCCCGACUCGGCCGGCCGGUCCCACGGGCGCAACGCAACGCAACCGCCUGAGGUUCCAAGAUUCCGGCCGAUGGCUCAUGGCGGCGCGUUGGAGAAGAGGUGCAGCAGGAACAGGAGGAGGGCACGGGCGAGAGCUCCCCGGCGCCGCGCGAGGCCCAGCCGGACCUCCACUUGGGGGUGCAGAGGAGGAUCUGCGAGCGCCUCCGCCUGACGGGGAGACACGAGGAGACGCUCGCGGACCCCUCCUUCCACUGCCGCCUCGCCCGCCACCUCCAGAGGCUGCCCCGGAGGUAUCUCUUCGACUUCGACGUCGAAGACAAGGCCGAGGACGUCCUCCUGCACUUGGAGAUCCUCCAGGAGUGCGCAGACCCGGAGAAGCGACCCGUCUUCCACGCGCGAUUUAUCAAGGUCCACUAACUACCGCCUGCCUACUAGUACUCUACUCACCCCCAAAAGACCUCUCUUUUCUGUCUGUGCCUGCCCCCCAGAAACAGCAACAAGAGAGAAAAGGAGCACUGAUAGUCUGAUAUGAUCUGAUCCGAUUUGAUUUGAUUUGACAACGGCCAAGAUGAUGAUUAAUUGUCUGAUUCUAAAGUGCAAGCCAAAAAUGAAACUUGCUCUGUUUUUUUAUUCACGAUUGUCUUGUAUUGCUAAUUGCUAUGCCCUGCCUCGGCCUCGGGGCGAGCAGAGCAUGCCAGAUCGACCGGAUUAUCUCGACACUGGCCACAAUCAAGAGCUUGAGGAGCCACGUCAAAGGUUGUUGGAGGACCUAAGUUUCAAGAGGAGAAAGACUGUGGACGGCAAUGAUUCCAUGUCUACCUCCUCUAGGGAUCGUUUGAAAACCAUGCUUAUCCAUGAGAUCAUUUUCUCUUCCAUUGACAGGCCCAAGCUCCUAAGCCGGCUUACUACGUUGCUCUCGGAGGUUGGAUUGAAUAUUCAGGAAGCUUAUGUUUACUCUACCAAAGAUAACUUUUGCUUGGAUGUUUUUGUCGUCGAUGGAUGGGAGACAGAGGAGACAGAUGAUUUGAUCGUGAAGAUUAAGGGCCUAAUUGGAUGGCUGGACGUACCUAGCCUGGCUCGCACGCAAUGGCGGAGCCAGCAACAAUUCUAAAGGGGGGCUGGGAAGACCAAGGGAAGGCGAAUGGCGAUGAUGCGGGCGCGUGGUGGCGUCUCUGCCUCCACACGCAGCAUGUCUAGAAUUGCCCUUGGCGACCCUCAUCUCCCCAUCCUCGCGAGGUCUUCUUGAAUCUACGGCUCCUACUGAAGUAGCUACUGCUGU